GCUCCCGCCCCAGGCCCUGGCCUGCCACGCCCUUCUCUGCUUGGCUGGGUCCUGGCUGCCCCUCUGGUCUCGGGCGGGGCUGGGCGGUGGGGGGUUGGGGAACCGUGCCCAGUCCCGGUUCAAAUCUCUGGAUUCGCGAUUUGGGACGUGGAGGGGAGGGAGCCCUUAGGCCUGUAGAGGAGUGUGGGGCGCGGCUCUGAAUCACACUGGGCUCCACAUAGACCCCACCUCCGGUCUUCUGAGCUGGUCAGGAUCGAGUUCAGGCCACUUGGUGUUCAGUAAACCGCCGUGGCCUCGCUCCCGUGUUCCUUAGCUCCGAAAAUGAGCGCUCUAGGAUUCCCUUCUCCCCUGCAGUUUAGUUUUGCCUUGGUAUUUGAGUUGUUUCGAGCACCAUAGGGAACUCCACAGGUGAUGUGUGACUCGAUCUCUCCACCCCACCUCCUGGUAGUGACCAGUGGUAAUGAGAGACUCCCUACGCCAAGUGUGGAUGGAGCCCCAGGGAGACCUAGCUGGCUUUCGACCUGGGAAGCCUCGCUGGCACACUGGGGAGCUGGAAUGGAAGUGGAGCAGCUGGACUCCAGCCGGCAUCUGCCAGCUACUAAGCCACAGCACCGGCCCUUAAGACACUUUUUUAAAAUGAAGUUUUGACUAUGUGAUGCAUUAUUAUGGUUCAGAUAUUAAAAACAAAAAGUUGUCCGUGAAAAGGUUUCCUCCCACUCCUCUCAACGGUCUUCUAACAUCCCUAAGUAGCUUUGGAAGUUUUGAAUGUAUUCUUCCAGGGUUUCUUUAGCAAAUACUGGCAAAUAUAAAUGUCGUUAGUUCCCUUUAAGAAACAUAGAUGAUAGAGUACUUUACACCUGCCCCUUCUUUCAUUUACUCUGUCUUGCAGAUCUCUGCAUGUUACAAGAUAGGGCAUUAAAAGAUUUUUCUUUUGUAAAGUGCCGUGAUUGGCCAUUAUUUGGAUGUUUUGGAUGUCUGUAAUUUUUGGGAUUUAUUUGAGGAAGUAUGGGCUGUUGCCAAUUUUUGUUAUCAAACAGUUGUAUACUGUAUGAUGUGUAGGAUGAGGGCUUUUAAAGAAAGGACUGAAUAAUCAUAAAAAAUUUUGUUCUACAUUAACUUAAGCAAUUAUUGACAGGUUAUUAAAGAUGUCAAAUUAUUAAUAAUAAUCCUUCAUGUAUAAAGAACAAAUAAAAUAGUCUUUUCCUCCUGAUAUUUUCCUAUAUGAUGUUUAGUCUUAACAAACUAGCUCAACAGACUAAUCUAUUCAUGACUACUCAAGCCACCUUUCAUAAUCUCCUUUACUUAUUACCUAGGAUGGCUAGAAAUAUUUUUUCCACCAUAGAUAUGAGAAUGUUCAUUUAUUUUACAUUAAGGAAAGCCCACCAUUGCUAUUUUUUACUCUUAAGCAAUAGAACCAACUCAUGUUAACCAUCUACAAUUCUGAUAUUCAUAAAUUUAGUGCAAUAAUACCUAGAGCACCAACUCUUUUCUCUCUUACCUGUGUAUCACCCACCUCUCUUACUUCUUAUUCAUGUCAUUCACUUGCUCCUUCUCUCUCUAGGAACUUUUCUGAGCUGGUAAGCAUUUUAUGAUCAUAUUUCCUAUUAAUUUUUUUCUUUCUCUGUUCAUCUUCAAGUCAAAUAUAGUAUCUGAGAAUUUAAGAUACAGAAUACAGAUGUGACAUUUGAGAUGGUAGGGUGGCUUGUAGAACACCUGCAUGGUUGGACUCUGAACUUAAAUUAGCUAUUGGCACAUUGCACCUGUUGCUUGAUGCAGUGUGUUAUUAAUGAGAAAAUAUUUUCAGCCAGAGGGAAUUACAGUUCAUCUCUUGAAGUUGUCUAGUCUCUUGAGAAAUGGCUUUUGAUUCUCCAGGGGCAGGGACAGAAGGAAUUAAGGGAAGGUUCUUACUGUCUGCAGGCAGUUUUCUAGGCAUUGGUGGUAGAAUGUGAACAGGAACCAUAGAAGUUAUUUGGAAAGAGUGGAUGGCAUUCUAUGGCUUUUGACAAAUAUAACCAGGCUAUAAGGAAAUUCUCUACUGAUAAUAGGUUAGAAAGGGAUUCCCACCCAGCCUUUAGAACUUCUAGGAAAUUUAAAUUUUUUCAUCCUUCUCUAUGGAGGAGUGAUGAUUUUGGAGUAAUUCCUUUCUUGUGUCCUUAGAGGAUGCAUGAGUUAGCGACCACAUCGAUCUUCAAUUUCAAAACUAAGUUCAUUCUCUUCUCAAUCCAUUUUCUUCUUCUGCAAGUAGUAGGAAUGAUCUUUAUUUUUAAAAUUUAUAUGGGAAAGUAGACUAGUACAGUGACCUCCCAUACACCCAUCACUCAGUUUCAGCAAUUAUCAGGAUUCUGUUAGAUUUGUUUCACUUUUGCCUUUGUAUUUUUCAUUGAUUGAGAUAUUUUAAAGCAAAUUCAAGACGCUAGGCGAUUUCACUUUAGCAUUCAUUAAUCUGCAUUUUUUUUUAAAAGGGUACAUCUACCAUAACCAUGAGCCACUGUCACAUCAUCUUAAAUUAACUGAUUCCUUCCUUGAUUUUUAUCUAAGAGGGUUAUAGACUGCUGGGCCUACAGUCUGCUUUUGCAUAACCAGCAAGCUAAAACUGAUUUUUGCAUUUGUAAGGUAAUAGUAAUAAUAAUCAACACUCCUAUUGUGGCCCACAAAGCCUGAAAUGUUUCCUAUUUGGCCCUUUAGAGAAAGUAUUUACUAAUCUCUUGAUUUAAUAAAAUAAAUGAUUCCUCAAAAUGCAUAUCCAAGUUUGCUACUUUUUUGCCUAAAACUUCUGAGGAUUAAGUCUGAACUCCUUAGUAUGAAACAUACUAAAUAUUGUGUAGCGCCUAUUUUUGCCUACUUCUUUGAUUUUGCCUCUGCCCACCACUAGAGAUGUCUGAAGAGGGGUGAACACCAUCCCCUUUGCAUAUGAUCUUCCCGCUGCUGGGAAUACCCACUUCUGUCUUUAUGGUGCUCUUCCUAAUCUUUUGAAGCAGAGUCUAUACCAUUCUAAUUUUCCUCCAUUUGUCUCAGUUGUUUUAAAAUAUCACAUAUUAUUUUCCUGUCAGUUUCCUAUUAGUCUGCAGAUGACUUGAUAGCUGAGCCUUGUCUUGUCUGUUUCUUCAUUUCUAAGGACUAGCCCAGGGCCUGGAAAACAAAAAAGAUGGGUAUGGUUCAUAAUGUAAGUUCCUGUGCAGCAUUCAGCUUAGGAAGGACUAAGACGCCGGAGUGCAUCUUCAGUAUUGUUUGUAAGGAUAACUUAACAUUUUGGUACAUUUUCUUGGUUGCCUUUAUAUUUUAGCAGCACUUAUUCUAGUGGGUUUUAGCCUAUGUUUCUUUUUGUUGUUGUUAUUCUAGUAUCGAUUAAUAUGAAUUUCAUUUCAAGCCAUCUGUUUUCAAUGAUGAUGCACAUUUAUACAGAUCCAGUCACAUUUCACUCAAUGAGGAGAGAAUGCAUUACAUCAGAUUAUGGAACAAUGUACUCUUCCCACCCCUCCUACCCAAACAGGAGGUAAAGCAAAGCCAGAACAGAGAGACUACUAGUUUUUGCAUAAGUUAGAGAGGUAAGCAGUGAAAUACUAACAUUUUUGAUUUAAUACAGACUGGGCCAGUCAGCAAUCAAUCAAACAAUUUCAGCAGACAUGGAAGGAACUAAGAAUUAGCCUAUCAGAGAGAGUUAAGGAAAAGACAGGCAGAGAAUCAAUGAGUACAGUGGGAGUGAGGGGUGAAUUAGCUUGUUACCAUUUAGUGUUGGGUGCAGAAGACUUAGGUUGUCACAAUGAAUAGCCUUAAAGAACUUAGCAUUUGGAAGUGUGUUUGUUUUUCAUUAUAAGAAAACACCACAGGGGCUGGCAUUGUGCAUUGGGUUAAGCCACCACUUACCACUUUAGCAUCCCCUACUGGAGCACUGGUUGGUGUCCUGGCUUCUCUGCCUCAGAUCCAGCUCCCUGCUAAAAUGCUUGGUAACUCAUACUUGGGCCCCUGACACAUAUGUGGGAGAGCUGGAUGGAGUUCUGGGCUCUGGGCUUCAGCUUGGUGCAGCCCCAACCAUUGUGCCCAUUUGGGGAAUGAACCAGUGAAAAAAUAAAUAAAUAAAUCUUAAAAAAAAAGAGAGAACUAGGCUGGUGAAUUUAAAAUUAGAAUAGUUCUAAAGGUUGGAAAGCCUAAGAUCAAGGUGCUGGUUUCCACUGAGAGCUUUUUGCUACAAACCCAUCACUUGACAGAAGGGCAAAGAGAAGGGCAAAAUGGAGCCAAACUCACCUUUUUAUUUGGAAUCCACUCCCACAAUAAUAUCAGUAAUACAUUGGUACAGGUUAGGCCUAAUUACUUCUUAGAGGUUCCAUCUCCUAAAAAUGUUACAAUGACAAUUUAAUUUCAGUGUGAAUUUUGGAGGGGACAUUCAGACCAUAGCAGAAAGUGACUGGGUGUACAUUUUGCAAACUUCUUCACAGCUGGUGGAGGAAGAAUUGGAUGGGGUAAGCAGGAAAGGAGAGACUGGGGCAGUCAUUCAGAAAAUUUAGGAAGGCUUCAGCAGAAAACUUAAAAGAGAAUGGAGGUGGGGUGGGGAGGGAGCUUGAGGACCAAUUAGAUAAUAGAAUCAGCUGAUCUUAGCAGCUGUUUUGGAUAUAGAUAAGAGAACCUAUUUCUGAUUUAGGCAAAGGAGCAUGCAGGGAUGGAUGUGAGGGUCUGUAAUAGGCUCUGGGACAGAGAUGAAGGUCUGAGAGCUUGUAGGUGCUGGGUCUGUUAAAGGAGAAUGGGUGUAUAUAAAUAUAUUGAGUCAGAAAAGGAAAGUUUCAGGAUGGAAGGAGGGGGUAGGGAGCACCUAAAGGUAGUAGCCUGGGGAGCAGGCAGCUGACUUCGAAGAAGCUAAAAUAGCAUGGUCUGAAUGGAAGAAAUCAGAUUAAGUAGAUAAGGCAUGAGGGGAAAAGAGACAUGAAGACUGCUUUUUUUUUUUUUUUUGAAAGAUAUAUUUAUUUGAAAAACAAGGUUACAAGGAGGGGGAGGAUCUUCCCAUCCUCUGGUUCACGCUCCAGAGUUGAGCCAAGCUGAAACCAAGAGCCAGCAGCUUUGACUGGAUCUCCCACAUGGGUGGCAGAGGCCAUCUGCUUUCUCAGGUGUGUUAGCAGGGAGAUGGAUUGGAAGCAGAGCAGCCAGCAUUUGAACUCCCAGCAAACCUCAUUUACUCAGUCCCAUAGUGCAUCUAAAAUUGUUUCAGAAUUUCUUUGUUCAUACCACUAUAGAAAACAGACCUGCUAACUAUCAGUUGUUUGCUUAUAACUCCCUUCCAGCCUUCCUAAGACUGGUAUACAAUAUUUGUAUACAGUAUACAGUCAAGUAUUAUGGUCUUAAGUGACAUUAUUUCUUUUUGUUUCCUUUCUGUGUUUAUGGUAUUCAUGUGAAACACAAAUGGGUUUGUUUCUGUUUGCUUUCAUUCUUAGCUGUUUUACCCCCCUUCUCAUCCUUAUUAAUUUUAUUGUUUAAAUAUGCAGAACAUUCUUGUGCUUCUAAAUAAAAGCUAUACAAAAAGGUAUACUCAGGAGUGUCUCUCCCUAUUCCUCCUACUCUGUUUCCCACUUAAACCCUUUAUAAGGAGCAAACUUUUUUUGUUUUCUGGUAUUACUAUAAAGAUAAGCAGUUACAUGCUUGUCUUAUUUUUCUUUCUUAAAGCAUAUUUUCCUCACUUAACUUUGCUUUUUUGGCUUUAUAGUAUAUCAUAGAAAUUGCACAUAUCAAUUCACAGAUGUUCUCAUUCUUUUUUAGUACUCUGUAACAUAUAUUUGUUAUAGUUUAUUUAACCAGUCUUCUAUGCUUGGACAUGUAGAGAGUUUUCCAGAUUUUGCAGUUAUAAAUAAUGCUAUGGUGAAUGCUUUAUGUAUACAUACUUUUGUAUUAUUGGAGGUGUAUCUUCAGUUAUAAAUUCCUAGAACUGGGAUUUCUGAAUUGAAGGGUAAGUAUGUAUAUAUAUAUAUGUGUGUGUGUGUGUGUGUGUGUGUGUAUGUAUGUAUAGAGAGAGAGGAAGAGAGAGUUAGAUAUUGUCAACUUCUCCCUAACAGAGGUUGUGUCAACUUGUAUUCUCAGUAAUGUAUGAGAGUAUGUUCAUUGACAAGAGUUUUUUGUCCAACUUCGAACAUUUUCAGGUUUAACAGUUGAGAAAUGGUAUCUUACUAUAGUCUGUAUUUCUGUUACCAUAAUUGAAGUUGAAUAUCUUCACAGUUUCAAGGGCUAUUUUAAUAUUCUUUUUGUGAAUUUUAUGUGUCUUUUCCCUAUUUUUAUGUAUCAUUUUUUAGUCUUAGUGUUUUUUAAAGAUUUACUAUGCCUUUCAGCAUAGUUAUAAAGAGAGGAGAGACAGAGAGAGAUCUUCCAUCUGUUGGUUCACUCCCCAAAUGGUUGGAGCUAGACUGGUCUGGAGUCAGGAGCCAGGAGCUUCUUCCAGGUCUUCCAUGUGGGCGCAGGGGCCCAAGUACUUGGGCCAUCCUCUUCUGUUUUCCUAGGCACAUUAGCAAGGAACUGAGUUGGAAGUGGAACAGCCAGGUCUUGACCUGGUGCCCAUAUGGAAUGCUGGUGUUCUAGGCAGUUACAUCACCAGCUGCACCAUAAUGCCAGCUCCUCUCUUCAAUUUUUGAAAAUUCUUUUUCUGUUAGGGAUAUUGGUCUAUAUAUAUAUAUAUAUAUACACACACACACACACACACCAUGAUGUUUUAUGUUGCAAAUAUCUUCUUUUACUUUACCAUCACUUCUCAGUUUUGCUUAUGAUAUUUUUAUUUUGCAGUUUUAUUUAUUUAUGUCAAAGAUUUAUUUAUUUGAAAGAAUUACACAGAGAGAGACAGAGAUCUUUUUAUUUUUUUAUUUUUUUAUUUAUUUUUUUUUAUUUUUGACAGGCAGAGUGGACAGAGAUCUUUAAUCCACUGGUAUACUCCCCAGAUGGUUGCAACAGCCAGGGCUGGGCCAAGCAAAAGCCAGGAGCUUUAUCUGAGUCUCUUAUAUGUGUGGCAGGGGCCCAAACACUUAGAUCAUCUUCCACGCUUUUCCCAGGCCAUCAGCAGGGAGUCAGAUUGGAAGUGCAAUAAUAGCUGGGACACCAACUAGUGCACAUGUGAGAUGCUGAGUCACAGGCAGUGGGUCUGCCAACUGUGCCACAACACUGGUUCCACAAUUGUAUUUUAAUAUAGUCAAAUGUAUCUGUUUGAUUGUAUUUGGUCACAGUUAGAAAGCCGUGUUUAUUCCCAGGUUAUAGAGGCAGUUACACGUGUUUUCUCUAAGUAUUUCCUUCAAUAAUUUGAAUUACCAUCUUUUCCCUAAUAAUUUUUUUAAAGAUUAAUUUUAUUUAUUUGAAAGACGGAGUUACAGAGAGAGGUAGAGACAGAGAGAGAGGUCUUCCACCCAUUGGUUCACUCCCUAGAUGGCUGCAACCGCCUGGAGCUGCACUGAUCUGAAGCCAGGAGCUUCUUCCGGGUCUCCCAUGCUGGUGCAGGGUCCCAAGGACUUGGGCCAUCUUCUGCUGCUAUCCCAGGUCAUAGCAGAGAGCAGGUCAUAGCAGAGCAGCCAGGACUCAAACUGAUGCUCUGAUAUGGGAUGCCAGCAUCCCAAGCAGUGGUUUAACCUACCAUACCAUGACACUAUCCUGUUUUUUUUGUUGUUGUUGUUGUUGUUAAGAUUUAUUUAUUUUUUUGAAAGUCUGAGUUACACACAGAGAGGAGAGGCAGAGAGAGGGAGGGAGGGAGGGAGGGAGGGAAGGGUUGAGAGGUCUUCCAUCCACUGGUUCAUCUCCCAAUUGGCCCAAGGACUUGGGCCAUCUUCUACUGCUUUCCCAGGCCAUAGCAGAGAGCUGGAUCAGAAGUGGAGCAGGACUUGAACCGGCACCAAUAUGGGAUGCCCACACUGCAGGCAGCGACUACCCGUCAUUUUGUGACAGAAUUUCUUAGCCCUGACCCAGUGCAGUCUGACACCCAAGUGUCACAUUUGAAGACUGGCACUGAGGAUGAAGAAUCAGCUGAAAAAUAUGAAAAUGUUGGAAAUGCACACUGUACAUGGCCAAAAGUAGAAGGCCUUCAUAAGGAUCAUUUGCAAGAAUAUCAGGUUGGUGCAACCUAUGACUGGGAUAGCAAAGUAGAGAUUGACCUGGAAAAGAUUGAGGGAAAACGAAUGAAAGAAGACAAGGGUGGCAUGAAGGAAAAGACUGACAAACCCAAGAACAUGGCAAAUAUUAAGACAGAACAGGAAGAUGAGGCAUCUGAGAAAAGGUUACAUGAAAGCACAAAACAUGUUCCACAUCAGACUGCCCCUGUAGAACAGAAAAGCAUUGAACAAGGCAGAUGUGUGGAGAACAUUAAUGGAACCUCUCACUCUAAUCUACAACUGAAAAACAAUACUGUUAAGAAAUCACAUAAGUGUGAUGAAUGUGGGAAAUCCUUCAAAUAUAAUUCCCGCCUUGUUCAACACAGAAUUAUGCAUACUGGGGAAAAGCGUUAUGAGUGUGAUGACUGUGGAGGGACUUUCCGCAGCAGCUCCAGCCUUCGAGUCCACAAACGGAUCCAUACUGGGGAGAAGCCGUAUAAGUGUGAUGAAUGUGGGAAAGCAUACAUGUCCUACUCCAGCCUUAUAAACCACAAAAGCACCCAUUCUGGGGAGAAGAACUGUAAGUGUGAUGAGUGUGGAAAAUCCUUCAAUUACAGUUCUGUUUUGGACCAACAUAAAAGGAUCCACACUGGGGAGAAGCCCUAUGAAUGUGGUGAAUGUGGAAAGGCCUUCAGGAACAGUUCUGGUCUCCGAGUUCACAAAAGAAUCCACACGGGGGAAAAGCCCUAUGAGUGCGACAUCUGUGGGAAAACCUUCAGUAACAGCUCUGGCCUUAGAGUCCACAAAAGGAUCCAUACGGGUGAGAAACCCUAUGAAUGUGAUGAGUGUGGAAAGGCCUUCAUUACAUGCAGAACACUCUUAAACCAUAAAAGCAUCCACUUUGGAGAUAAACCCUAUAAAUGUGAUGAGUGUGAGAAAUCUUUUAAUUAUAGCUCUCUCCUCAUUCAGCAUAAAGUCAUCCACACUGGAGAGAAACCUUAUGAAUGUGAUGAAUGUGGGAAGGCCUUCAGGAAUAGCUCAGGCCUCAUAGUGCAUAAAAGGAUCCAUACAGGAGAGAAGCCUUACAAGUGUGAUGUCUGUGGCAAAGCAUUCAGCUAUAGCUCAGGCCUUGCAGUUCAUAAAAGCAUUCACCCUGGGAAGAAAGCCCAUGAAUGUAAGGAGUGUGGAAAAUCCUUUAGUUAUAACUCACUUCUUCUUCAACAUAAAACUAUUCACACUGGAGAAAGACCUUAUGUUUGUGAUGUUUGUGGCAAAACUUUCAGAAACAAUUCAGGCCUCAAGGUCCACAGAAGGCUCCAUACUGGGGAAAAACCAUAUAAAUGUGAUGUAUGUGGGAAAGCCUAUAUCUCACGCUCUAGCCUUAAAAAUCACAAAGGAAUCCAUCUUGGGGAAAAACCCUAUAAAUGUAGCUAUUGUGAGAAAUCCUUCAACUAUAGCUCUGCCCUUGAACAGCAUAAAAGGAUUCAUACAAGGGAGAAACCAUUUGGGUGUAACGAGUGUGGAAAAGCUUUCAGAAAUAAUUCAGGCCUUAAAGUACAUAAACGAAUCCAUACUGGGGAAAGACCUUACAAAUGUGAAGAAUGUGGCAAAGCCUACAUCUCACUCUCAAGCCUUAUAAAUCAUAAAAGUAUACACCCUGGAGAGAAACCCUUUAAGUGUGAUGAGUGUGAGAAAGCCUUCAUCACAUACCGGACACUUUUAAAUCACAAAAAAAUUCAUCUUGGGGAGAAGCCCUAUAAGUGUGAUGUGUGUGAGAAAUCUUUUAAUUAUACCUCGCUCCUUUCUCAACACAAAAGAGUCCACACUAGAGAGAAACCCUAUGAAUGUGAUAGAUGUGAGAAGGUUUUCAGAAACAACUCAAGCCUUAAAGUGCAUAAAAGAAUACAUACUGGGGAGAAGCCCUAUGAAUGUGAUGUGUGUGGAAAAGCCUACAUCUCACACUCUAGCCUUAUUAACCAUAAAAGUACCCAUCCUGGCAAAACACCCUAUACAUGUGAUGAAUGUGGGAAAGCCUUUUUUUCAAGCAGAACUCUUAUGAGCCAUAAAAGAAUCCAUCUUGGGGAGAAACCAUUCAAGUGUGUUGAGUGUGGGAAAUCUUUUAGUUACAGCUCACUUCUUUCUCAACACAAGAGAAUUCACACAGGUGAGAAACCUUAUGUAUGUGAUAGGUGUGGGAAGGCAUUCAGGAACAGCUCAGGCCUUACUGUACAUAAAAGGAUCCACACAGGUGAGAAGCCCUAUGAAUGUGAUGAAUGUGGAAAGGCAUAUAUCUCACACUCAAGUCUUAUAAACCAUAAAAGCAUACACCGUGGAAAGCAGCCCUAUAAUUGUGAGUGUGGGAAAUCCUUCAACUAUAGAUCAGUCCUUGACCAACACAAAAGGAUUCACACUGGAAAGAAGCCAUACCGAUGCAAUGAGUGUGGGAAGGCAUUUAAUAUCAGAUCAAAUCUCACCAAACAUAAAAGAAUUCAUAGUGGAGAGGAGUCCUUGAAUGUGACAAAUAUGGGAUAUCAUGGUGGCACAUUCCAGAAGAGAACUUAUGAGGGAGGGAAUGUUCUGGAUGGGACUAGGAUGAGGAUGCCUCUGUAGAAGACUAACAAGUCUCAAAGAACUCCAGGUGGGGAGAGGGGACCCUUAUGAAUGUAAGAAUGUCUGUGGUCUAUAUUCAUGGUUUCUAAUUUUUGAAGUUAAAACCAUUCCAGAUGAUUUUGACUAAUGUUUUCUAUCUGGUUUUCAAUCAAAACCAGCAAGAAAGGCUCCACUGUCAAGAUAGUUGAGCUCUUUUGGAAUAUAGCAUAAUUCAUACUGGAGAUAAAACUAUUAAAGUGAUGGAACACAAAAUAAUUCAAAAUAAGCAGAUAUAGCUGGACAUAGAAACACACAAAUGAGGUAAGGACAUCAAUUAAACAUACAGACGCCCUAAGUUCAUAUUUUAGUGAAAAAACUUAAUAUAAAAAAUUAGGUAUUGCUUUGAAUCUCACUUGUAAAUUGGUCAGUGGGAGAAAAAUACAAGAAAAGCCUCUAAUAGCAAAUUCAGGAGAGAGAGACUUCAUGGAAUAUAAAUGUAUUUAUCAACUGUGAUCAUGAAGUAUAAACUUGAUAUAAUUGAAUGGUUCGGUGGGGGCAGAUGGCAACUUUUGAAACAAAAUUUGUAUUUCUUUGUAGUGAAUGUACAAAGUAUAAACUUAGCUAACAGGAGAUAGGAGAAAGGUCACUCAUAAAAGUGUAAAUUGAUUGGAAUAUAAUAUUGUAAUACACGAGUGGGUAAAAUAUUUUAAAGUUUUGAAAUGAACUUUCUCGAAUGACAAAUGUGUGUCUAAGUGAAAACCUAGAAGGUAGUAUUCACAUAUUAUACUACAAUAAUAAGGUUCUUCCAUGGAGAGGAUUUUGGCACACUGAAUAAUGUUAACACAUUUUCAGCAUUAAUUUGCACCUUACAUGACAGUAAGAAUUGAUUCAGGGAUUCCAGUGAAUAAGAAUGUUGGGAAGGAGGGAAUUUUAUUGCAGGAGCUAAAAGGCUAGUUAAUGGUAAUCAAGAGAGAAGUGGAAAUUAAUGUUUCUUAAUCUUUUUAAUUAUUUUAUUGUUUUGGAAUGUGUUAUUGUAAAGAUUCCAUGCAGUACAUGUGUAUAUUGUCUGCUGUAAACAGUUAUGAAUAUUUGUUCAGGCUUCACUCUUUUGCCAUGAAGGCUAGAUAGUUGUGCCAAGGUAAGGUCAAACUACAAUAAAAAAAUUCCUCAAAUAUAAA